AGGUAGGUACGACAACUCCUUCUGCUCUCCGAGUGCCGUGUUUCCUGACAGAAACGUAUAGUGACGGCCAGUAAGGCGUUGGCUGGCACUGUGUGAACAAGUGAAUUGAAUACACCAUCUAAACUGAACGUCAUUCGUGUUGACAAUCCAUCUCUUCCAUAGGCUUUUGGAGUACUAAAAGAAAAUGGAUAACUCUGGUCUUUUUGAAAUAGAUAUUGAUGGGGAGGAUGUUGUUUCAAAGAUUUACCAUGUCCCCAAAUCAAAUUAUGUUCACGAACUGGAUCAUAUUACAUCAAGACUCAUACCAGUAGCGCCCAGUGAAGCUUACCUACCAAAUCAAUAUGAAAAUAGGCUGGGUUUUCCCCAAGGCUUCCUGAAUGAAUACAAAAGACUUGAGGUAGCGGCUGAUAUUUCCAGUACAUCAGAAACAAAGUUGAAAGAAUACCAAACUUUUGAAGUACUGCCUGAGUGUCUAAAUCUGCCAGAAAUGUCAGAAGAUCCUUGCACUCCUUUAUUAAUAACCCCAGAAGUAACAAUUACAGCCCAGGAGUCCAUCAAGAAGAGAAACACACCGUACUUGCUGAAAGAAGACUCAAUCACAACAAAACCCAUGACUCCUGUGACAUUUCUUGUAUCAGGAGCAAAGCAAGAACAGUAUAUACAAGUUUCAAUGCGAUACAGUGAGAAUCCCAAUCAGAACAAACCGGUGAAUGUUUGCAAACUUCAUCAAGAUUGUGAAAUCUGCAAGGAUAAUCAGAGAGACCAUCCAGAGAAUUUCAACUUCUGCAUCAACCAGCUUGAAAAGUUCCAUGGUCAAUACCAGCUAAUGGAUGGACACCCAACUGCUAUCCUUACUUUAACAGAAGAUGUCAUUUCUGAAGAUGGAAAAGCCAUAUUUAAUAUUAUAUUUCCCUGUCUGAACUCAUGCAAAACGCAUAGUAGGUCUGGAAAAAAACUACAUUUGAUCAUGAAAAUUUUUGAUAGAUUGGGGCAACAGUUAUGUGAUCCUAUACAGUAUACUGUGAGAGUUUGCAAGAAUGUCAAGCGAGAUCAUGCAGAGAAUGAAGAACAUCCCAGGGACCAGGAAAAGCUGGAUGUUCCUCAGGAUUUUCUGAAAGACAACGAAAUUCUCAAGAGUGAUCCUGUUAUUCUGCCUGAUAUAUCAAGCUUAGAAACUUUGGAUGAAUCUGUCAUAUUUUUUUUCCCAGAAGACAAACAGACAAUAGAGACUGAGACCUCAUGUCAAGUGGCAAUACAGGUUCAAGAGUCCUUCAAGAAGAAAAACACACCAUACUUGCUGAAGGAAAACUCGAUCACAACAAAACCGAUGACUCCUGUGGCAUUUGUUGUGUCAGGAGCAAAGCAAGCACGGUAUAUUCAAGUGUCAAUGCGAUACAGUGAGAAUCCCAAUCAGAACAAACCGGUGAAUGUUUGCAAACUUCAUCAAGAUUGUGAAAUCUGUAAGGACAAUCAGAGUGAGCACCCAAAGAAUUUCAACUUCUGCAUCAACCACCCCGAAAAAUUUUCCUGUCAGUACUCUCACGUGGAUGGACACCCAACUGCUAUCCUUACUUUAGUAGAAGAUGUCAUUUCUGAAGAUGGAAAAGCCAAAUUUGAUAUUAUAUUUCCCUGCUUGAACUCUUGCAACGUACACAGGCAUUAUGGGAAAAAACUACAUUUGAUCCUGGAAAUUUUUGACAGAGAGGAGAACCAACUGGGUAAUCCUAUACAGUUUCAAGUUAGAGUGUGCAAGAAUGUCAAGAGAGACCAUGUAGAUGGGGACGAAUAUCACAAGGGAAACAAAAGGAUUAGAAAGUCCAUUAAGGAGGAAGAAAUGAACAAGAAUAUCCAGACUGCUGAUGUGGCUCAGAAUGAAGCAGGCCCCACCACUAAUGCUUCAGGUACACAGGGACAGGAGGCCCCUACCUGGACUUGC